AUGGCUCGCGCUUCUCCUGCGAAGACGGCUCCGAAUCAGGUUCAGUCUCUUAAUCCUAAUCUCUAUGGCAGAAGAUCGUUGAUUAGCUCUAGCGAUUGUAUCGAAACUCCGCUCUCCAAAUCUCAGCCGGUGGAAUCUGAUAUAGUUAGGUGCAAUCAUAGAACUCUCUCUAAUUUCGGGAGAAGCGGUAAUGACAGACUAAAUAUGGAAAUUGAUAAGCUGGGGGUCGGGCCGGUGUUAGGUGGGUUUAUUCCUAAGAACAAUGAAACAAAAUUCAAAGAGGUUAAUGUGGAGUUGGUUAGAAGUCUGUGGGGAACUGAAGAGAUGGAUUUUUCCUUUUCGGUUUCGGUAGGCUCCUCCGGUGGAUUACUGUCAAUUUGGAAUUCUAUCUCUGUUUCUGUUGAGGCUAGCUUUUCGGGGCCUGGCUUCUUAGGAAACAAGGUUUUGUGGAAAGGUGAGUAUUUUUACGUGGUUAACAUUUAUUCUGGAUGUGCUUUGCAUCAAAAACGUGAGUUAUGGAAUAGUCUACUUGUGCUAAAAAACAAAUUUCAAGAUGGAGAAUGGAUCAUUGCGGGAGAUUUUAACACAGUCAAAAAAAGGAGCGAGAGAUGGGGUUGUUCUUCUAGAAGUGUCAAUUCCAAAUGGAGUGAUUUUUCGGAUUUCAUUGACGAUAUUGGGCUUGUUGAUGUGCCUUGCAAGGACAAGAGAUUCUCGUGGAUUAGUGGGGAUGGAAAAUCAAAAAGCAGGAUCGAUAGGUUUCUUAUUUCCAACAAUGUAAUCUCAUCAUGGGGGGUGGUUGGACAAUGGAUUGGGAAGAGAGACAUUUCGGAUCAUUGCCCGGUGUGGUUGAUGGUAGACAAGGAGGAUUGGGGUCCAAAACCGUUUAAGUUCAAUAACGAAUGGUUUAAUCACAAUCAUUUUUUUGACUUUGUUAAGAAGGAGUGGGAUGAUAUUAAAUUUCAAGGGAGGGGAGAUUAUGUGUUGAAAGAGAAAUUACGUUUGAUUAAAGAAAGAUUGAGGUGGUGGGAGAAAAAUAUUUUUGGGAAAAUAGAUUUGGAGAUAGAGGAGAAUGUGAAGGAGCUAAACAAAUGGGAUGAUAGGGAGAGGUGGGAGGAAGAAAUCCAUUUAAAUAAUGUGAAGGCCUCGAAGAAUAUAUGGUUCAAUCUUAAACUCAAGGAGAACAUGUUGAUUCAAAAGAGUAGAAUGAGGUGGCUAAACAACGGGGAUGAAAAUACUAGAUUCUUCCAUAACACGGUGAAGGAAAGAAGACGGUUGAAUCGCAUUUGUAUGGUAGACUCUAAUGAAGGGGUUGCUUCUUCGGUCAAUGAGGUGAAGGAGACGGUUAGGAAUCAUUUUGAAGACAAGUUUAAGGAGGAUUGUUUCAAUAGACCUCUAUUGGAAGGCAUUGCGUUUAAAUCUUUGAGUGUUGAUCAAGCUUGUUCUCUAGAGGCUCCUUUCACGUUGGAGGAAAUAAGGGAGGCGGUUUGGAGUUGUGAUGGAUCUAAAAGAAGAUGUUUUUGCUUGUUUCAAUAG